AUGUAUAUGGAUUAAAAAAUUAAGAAUAUUAGUGACAAAUAACUUAUAAAAAGUGUAUUUAUUUUAUUAGAUUGCGAUAUGAGAUUCCUUCCUUUGAUAUUCCUUAUUUUAAUUCUUACAUAUGUAUCAUGCUAAACUCUGUUCUAUGAGGCAUUUUCAUCAAUAGCAUUAGGUCAAAUGGAAGGUUGGAUAACUACUAAUGCUUAUGGAAGCUUCUCAGAUUGUGGUGGAACAUAGCUCUUUGGUGGUUUCGACACAUUUGGUAAACAAACUAAAGUUAUGAAAUUCCUUCAAUUACCUCCUCAUUAUGAAGUUUAAAUAAAAAUGAGAUUCUGGAAAAUUGACACAUGGGACAAUGAAUAUUUUUAUAUAUUUAUUGAUGGGAUAUAAGCCUUCUCAUAAUAGUAUACAUCUAUUCUAAGUACUUCAUUAUGUGGAAAUAUUUGGGGAGAAGAAAUACUAUCAAUAACAAUGUCAAUUCCUCACGUAUAUUAAUCAAUUUUGAUUCUCAUGACCUCUUCACUUGAUGAACCUACAUCAAACGAAUCUUGGGGGUUUCGAGAUUUUUAACUGUUUCUCAGUCUCUGUCCUUCUAAUUGCGUAACCUGUACGUAUGAUGAUAUCAAAAAAGAUUGCAUUUCAUGGAGCCUACUUGAUUCGGCAUUUUUAGAAAUUAACUCUUCAUAAACGGGAUUUAAGGUAUUAGCGAUUGUGGCAGUAUACCAUUAAUUGGUGGUUAUUAAAAAUGCGGUGUUAAUAGUAUAAUAACAAAGUAAUUAAAUUUACCGACUCAUUAAAAACUUAUCAUUAGAUUUCGUUUUGCUUUUAUGGACACUUGGGAUAAUGAAUACUUUUAUCUUUAUAUAGAUGGAAAUUUAGUUUUCUCUCAUCAACAUUUUUUUUACUAAGCGGAUAUGA